AUGCGGACGGCUUAUGCAGUGGCGGUGUCUCGGCGCCGGUCGCACAUUGCUUGCACAAGCUCAUCAUCGCCGCUGUGGGCACUGCAGCCGCGGCGUGCCUCUUCCGUGCAUCGUGGCCGCGUCUCACAAACGACGUCCGGCUCGUCAUCGAACACGUCCUCGAGCCACGCAUCGCUACGCCGUGGGCAUAGCUUCAGGAGAGGUCGGUCGAAUGCGCGGCAGAUCACUCCGGCAGCGGAGACUUGCUUCUCUGCCAGGUCCCGUCGCACUGGCUGCGACCACAUCGCCGACCGUGUAUGGAGACGCCAUCAGCUCGAGGACGCCAUCCAUGCCGCGCAGGCGUUCCGCAACUGGUGUGCCAUGCAUGCACCAUGCACGCAAGCGGCGGUGGGGGCAUCCGUGUCGGCAACCGCUGCCCUGCAACCCGGUGAACUCUCCCCCUCCCAUGCGCCGCUGCUGCACCGGGUUGGCGGCAGUAGAGGUAGUGUUGCCACGCUUGCAGACAUCGGGUAUGAAGAAGGCGCCAACAGCCGUACCACACGGCACCACCCUAGCUUUACCCCACCGACGACGCCCACCACAAACCCUCCUCUCACGGCGGGUGGGGCGGUACCGCUGACGGAGCGCCGCAUGCUGGAGCACUACGCGGUCCUCCUCCACAACGUACGCGCAGCCGCCGCACGGGUCGCCACGUCAGACUACCACCGCUUUUACGCCGCAGUGGUGGAAGAACUGCUGACGGCGUCCACCUCUCGUAGUGGCAGUAGUGCCUUCUCGGUUCCACGCUCCGUGGUGUGGCAGGACGCUGCUGCAUCCGCAUACCAUGGAGAAGGCGGAGAAGACGCUACGGCGCUGGCCGAACGUCGCCUUGCCGCGUGGGCAUCGCACUGGCACAAGGAUCUUAAGCAGUGGCACUCGCGCCACGGCCCGCAUACCCCUGGUGCGGGUGACCCUGUUGACCCCCAGCAGUUACUGCUCCACGCCGACCUCUGGCAGGACGUGCUUGACGGUGCCGAGGGUGUUGUAGGAACACGGGAGGAAGACAAGUCGAUGGCGGCGCUGCUGCUGCAGGGACAGUGGCGGGUCGCCAUCGACAGCCUUCUUGAAGCCGACGCAACACCGCCCCGCUCCGCAUCUGCGGCAGCGAUCGAGCCGAACGGCAGCUCCUCUACGGCCCCCCAGCCACCGUCCGUCGCGGAACUCUUCUCCGCGGCGUCGGUGCGGCGCCGACACCGCGUGCCGUGGCGACCCUCACCUCACCGAGGCUCUGCGAACUCGUCCAGCAGCACGCUUCCGCCGCUGCCGCGGCGGUUUGCCCUUGCCCCUGUGACGCCGGCAGAGCUGCGCUUACUUCGACACCCGCCGUCGCCGGGGCUGCGCGUGCUGCCGCACUCGAUAGCUGCUAAAGUGCAGCGAGCGGGGUGCCCGGAGCGGCCUCCAGGGGAUGGCGUGGCGGCAGCACCAUCGCUGCUGCUGGAGGCGGCCGCGGCUGCAGAGGUGGCAAGUGGCCGUGCCACAGGCAUCCCGCCGACGUGCGUGGUCCGGCUGCGGCGUCGUCUAUGGGUGCUGCAGCACCUCCCGCGCCACCUCCCAGCCUCUCUCGUCCGCUUCCAGGAACCGAGACGGCCAUCGCUGCGCGCCGGCGGCGGCAGUGGUCGCGAGGUGCGGAGUGGGGGAAUGCCACACGCGCACCUCCUUCGCAGCCACGCGCUGGAGAAGCUGCCGUGGUACACGCUCUGUGUGCUCGGCGAGGCGUUGGAGGCGAGUGGGAACGGCGGCUCAACAGUCGCGACGGUGCUGCGCAACGCACGCACGCACAUGUGCGCUGCGCUCUUCCUCAGCGUGCAUGCCGACUACGCGGCCCUGCACGACUACGCACACACCCUCUUUCUCACGCUCGGCAGCAGCAUGGUCGCACGCGCGGUCGCCGCUCGACAACGGCAGCGAGGACGCAGCGCUGGUGGCAGCGACGGCGACGCGGCCGUCACCGUAUUUGAGAGCGCCUUUGUGCAGACGGCUAUCGCCCUGCUUCAGCCACCGCCGCCGGUGGCGUACGCAGCGGCCGGGCUGUCGCCAAGGCCCGCCUCUUCCUCCGGCAAUGCUGCUAGCUUUCUCGCGAGAUCGUCGUCAGCGCGGACGCCAAGCUCCAGCACAGACAUCACCGACGUCCACGUGGUCCCGCCACGUGUGUUUCGCCGCCUCUGCGCCGCCGUGCAGGACUGGCGCAACUACCAUCUCUCACUCUACUGUGAAACGCUAAGCCAAAUUUCGGACAGCGACGGUAUAGCGCUACGCGAGCUGGCGCGCGUGCUGGCAGCGCAGCCGCACGGCGAGGAUGCUCUGCAAGAGGAAGCGGCUGUGGUGCUGGCGCCAGAGAGCGCGGCCGCCAUCGUCACGGCUCUCCUGCUGCAGCUCCUCGAUCAGCUGUCACGACCCUCAGCGUCGCCCUCGUCAACGACGGCACACGCCAGCGCCGGAUGCAACCCGCAGGGUACAUCGCCCUCCCUUCCUCCACUGCCGCCCGUCCUUUGCUUCAGUGUGCCGCACGACAAGGCGCACGCGGUGGCCAGCUACUUCAAAGGCAUCUUCCAUCCGUCGUUCUUCAGGCGCGUGGUGACGGCGGCGCCGUGCACGAAUGGGGGCGAGUGCCAGUUGGGUAACGAUGGCGCCGCGGCCACGUCCGCCAUCGCCACCGCGAUCACAACGGGUGCCCGCACGGCCGAUGAAGGGAACGGUAACGCAUCGGCGCUGCCAUCCUUAGUUUUGCCGCCGGCUGAGUGGGAACGCAACGCCGCCGCGCGCCUUGUCGGUCGCACGCUGCGUCGCCUCGACCGCUACCCGACGCGCACGACAGAGGCCUUCUUCGCCCGCUAUGUGCGUGGCGACGAUGUGGACUCGAAGAGGGAGGGUGGUGAGGAGGGUGGCUCCGAAGUAGCCGCACCCCAGUCGGCUUCGACGACGGUUGCGCCUCCGCUCGCCAUGAACCUCUUCAUGGUGAACCUGCAAGCUGCCGUGGACCACUGGCAUGAGCGCCACCGCCGCCCCAUCCUCGGCGCUCCACCCACAGCAUCAAGCCACGCACAGCAGCAGCAGGAGCAGGUGUCCCUACCGGCUCAGCCAUUCGUGAAGGUAGCAGGAGAUGGUCGCACAGCCAACACGGAAUCGGCCGCUACCGCAGCGGCCACGCCCGAAGGUGCGGCGGCCUCGUUGGCAGAAGCUGGCGAGGAUGGCUUACCUAACCCCAUCGUUCUGCUCGCGUCCCCACCGAUGCUCCCGCACGGACUGCACGCUGUCUACAAGCCUGCCGGCGUGAACUGCACCCUGCACGCACACUACCCGUCCCUCGUCUACCCGUUUCUCACUCGCGACCUGCCUUGGAGGGCGAGAGGGGCGGUCGCGGCGGAUAGCAGCGACAGAAACCGUGGCGCUGGUGCAUCGUCCUUUCCAGCCUCCUGCGUACCGGUGCUUCGUCAGCAGGGCCUCGUAAACCGCAUUGACGUGGGCACAAGCGGCGUUGUCCUCGUUGCUCGUACCGCCGCCGCGCUGCACGGCGCCGCCGACGCGAUGAUACGAAAGCAUCACAUGCGCAAGACGUACCGUGCGCUUGUGCAACGGUGGCCGCCCUUCUCGUCCUCGUCCAGCGCGUCCACAGUGUCGUGCGGCGAUGACAUCGCAGCGGCGGCACCGCUCUUUAGCGUGUCACCCUUCUUGUCCCCGAUGGCGGGCGCCGUUGUGUGCGCACCGGUGUACGCGGCUGGCGCCACGGCAUCCUCGAUCCGCCGGCGCUCAGCACUGCCGCUGAGUUAUGGCCGCCAACUUCCGUCGUCUGAGGAACCCAGUGCACAUGUGCUCGCAGUCUCUCGCGCCGGCUCGACUCCGUCGUGGUCAUCGAGCGUACCCGUCUCUCCCUCCUCCUCUGCGCACGUGCAUCAGCAGUACGCCACCCUGCACGCCGCUCUACAGGACCAGCGGAAUGCCAUCACGCGCUACCGCGUACUCGAGUACUUUGCGUCUGCCGGGGUCGCCUACGUGCAGGUGGAGCUGCGCAGCGGGCGGCGGCAUCAGAUACGGCAGCACUUUGCGCAGCUCGGCUUCCCUCUUGUUGGCGAUGCUCGCUACCACGCCGGGGUAGUCGCAGGCCGCGCGGGAACGACGUUCGGGAUGCAGCGAGCUGCGCUCCACGCCUACACGAUUGACAUCCUCGCCACCACAGACGGUGACGGCCUGGCGAGCGGCGAGGAGGUGCCCGACCGCGUGGUGGUGCAGGCGGCGCUGCCAGCCGACAUGCAUCGCGCUCUGCUUGCACUUCGGCAAGCGGAACAAGUCAAGUCGGGUCAGCAGCAGCUGCAGCAGCAACCUCGUGGCUGA